UCGACUGUCAAUCAACCGAGCAACUGUCAUUCUAGCUCUGCUGCUCAUCCUCGGUGUGCUUAGUGUUUUGUGCAAAUUCGUUUUUCGUGUUUUUCUCUCACUACCUGAAUGAGAUCGGCGCACAUUUGCCUGCACCACUAGUCGCAGAUCAAGGACGCAUCAAACGGCGUCGGAGAAUGUAACCCUGAUACUGCGGUAAUUGUGCAUUUCGCGAGUGUGCAAACAACAAGUGCAGCAACAACAAGCCGAGGCGAGGCCGUGAUAAGCGAGCGAACGACGAAAUGACUCACAAAAGAAUUUCUUGAGUUGCGACCACAGGGAACUUGUGAAAUUCACCGUCCACUGGGAAAGUAGCCGCUCAGGUAGGCACAGAAUCGAAGAGAACUUUCCGCGUCAGUCAACGAUUGCCGCGGGUGGUGCUUGUGUUACGUGUUUUGCGCUGUCGUUUCGGGGUCACGGUCGUUGCUUGCGGGGAAUUUGGGCUGCACAUCUCGGGCGGGAAAAUGGAUUUUGUGAAUGGUUACUUGGAUGCGGCGGUCCGCUUCGUAGAGGGUUACAUCGAUUUGGACUAUUCUUUGUGGCUGUGGCGACUGCUCACGCCACUCAUCAUCACAUUCCUCCUGCCGCUGGUGUUUGUCGCGCUAAUUUACAUAUCGUUCAUCACUUUAUUCGUCUACAAGCUGCACAGGCAAGUCAUCCUUCAAGCACUGAUCAGCGAACCGAACUUCUGGGAUAUUGGCCGAAAAGUAGUAGCAGCAAUAUGGGAUGCUCACGGGCGUAUUUAUCACGGCUACGAAGUGACUGGAAUGGAAAAUCUUCCCGAAUCCGGGCCAGCACUGAUUGUUUUCUACCAUGGCGCCAUCCCGAUCGACAUGUACUAUUUCCUCGCACGCGUCUAUCUACAACGCAAUCGUCUUGUCUAUACUGUCGGUGACCGGUUCCUAUGGAAGGUUCCUGGCUGGGGGUUGAUCAGUGACGUUUUUAAAGUCAGCCCCGGAACGGUGCAAUCAUGUGCGACAAUUCUGAAAGAGGGUCAUCUGCUGGCCAUUUCACCAGGAGGAGUGUACGAAGCGCAAUUCGGAAAUCAUAACUACGAAUUGUUGUGGCGAAAUAGAGUGGGAUUUGCCAAAGUGGCUAUUGAGGCGAAGGUUCCAAUCAUACCGUUUUUCACGCAAAAUGUCCGUGAAGGAUUUCGGCAAAUUGACUUUUGGAGUUGGCUAUUUGUGAAGAUUUAUAAUGCAACUAGGAUUCCUGUUCGGCCGAUUUAUGGAGGUUUCCCGGUUAAGUUUCGUACGUACGUGGGGAAGGCUAUUGAAUUCGAUGAGAGUUUGACGCCGGAACAGUUAACGGAGAAGGUGGCCCUCCAAUUAGAAGAACUAAUAAAUAAACAUCAACGGAUACCUGGAAGUAUUCUGAAAGCUCUUCUCGACCGGAUUCCUUUCAAACGGAAAUCGAACUAGAUGAAGAUUUCUUGAAAACCAACGGAGUGUCAUGCGGAUUUUAUAUAUUCAGGAUCAAAGUGGAUAUUGUGAUAGCGGUGAACGGUGGUUUUGAGGGAGUGAAUAAAUGAAAGACUCCUUGGGCGUGUACCAUAAAUCCUUUCCAGCAUUUCUUUGAAGUACUAACGGAAAAUACCAGAGGCCAAUUGUUUUAUGAUUUUAGAUAGAAAUAGGUUAGUUAAUGCGUAACAAAAUAUUGAUGAUAAAUGUGACAAGUGCUUGUGUAGAAGCGAAGAUACAUUUUAUUGGAUGCUUAUUGGUAUAAAAUAGUUUAUUUUCCCUUUUAGUGAUGGAAAGCAAACUAGUAUCAAAUGUACAUGUAUUAAAUGUUUUUACAUAGUUGAUAAGUAGAAAUAUUAUUUAUUGUACAGAAACUUUUUUGUUCUCAGGACACAAUAAACAAGCGAAUUGUUUUAUAGAAAUCGAAA